AGUCACACGGUAGUAAGUGGCUCAUUGGGUCCAUUAAUUCGGACGAUACCCGCCUACACUGAGAUCUGGACCAAUGAGUGGCUCCUCAGUACCUUUGUGAAACCUUCAUUGACACUUUAACGGAGGCUUUUAUUAUGGCUGACACGCAGCCUCGGUCAACUCGAGAGCAAGAAUUUUAACUUCACAUUUUUUUAUGUUUUGAGUGUGUUUUUAUCCAUUCGGCUAUGGACCAGCCCAGCCUUCGGAGACUAUUUUCUGCUUGUGAUGUGAACAAGUCCGGUAAGAUUGAGUAUGAGGACUUCAUCAUUGUCUGCCGGGAGCUCAGUGUCCCCGAAAGUGAGAUCAGAACUCUGUUCGACAAGUUCGACGCGAACGAAGACGGAUACAUCGACUACAGCAAGUUCUCCUCCAGGUUUCAGGAGGUCUCGGAGACUCUGGACCUGGCGUCUUUUGGCGCUGGCUCGUCCCCAAACCAAGGCUGUCUGUGGGAAGAGUUUGUGGGCGGGAUAGACGCGGAGUCUGUCCUCUCUGCAAGUCUCAGGGAGCAGCUGGCUGAUCUUUACCAGGCCAUUCACUCCUCUGCAAACAUGACUCUGCUGCAGCAGUAUGAGGAAAUCAUCCACAGUCUGAUCAGUCAAAGCCAGGACAACAAACUAGAGUGUGAACAGCUGGAGACCAGUUUAAAGCGCGCUGGGGAGAUGAACAGCAGUCAGCUGACAGAACUGGAGGAGGAUAUACAGCAGCAACUAGCCAGAACAGAGGAGAGGGUAAGACAUGAGGAGCGAAAGAAAAUGGAGGGAAUUUUGGCGACCAUGCAGAGAGAGCAUGAGGAUAAGGUCGCAGACCUGCAUGCCACUGUGGACAGACUGUUAAAGAGCCGAGAGGACACUGCAGUCAACCAGUCAAAGGAGGAGGUGCUCAGACUGAACCAACAAAUCGGUGAUCUCUCACUGGAAAACGAGCAGCUGCGGACCUCUCUGCUGCAAGCCCAGACAAACAUCGCCAUCCUGCACUCAGAGGUGGACAAGCUCAAGAACAUGUAUGCAGACCAGAAAGCUCAACACGAAAGAGAAACAGACGAUUUGAAGAGGAUGGUUGUGGAAUACCAAUCAUAUUCCAGUCAGAUUCAGGUUCUCCUGGAAACAAACAAAAAGCUGUAUGACAGUAACGACGGGCUGCGCUCUGCGUUGGCCAGUGAAGCGGUUGCAUCUAAAAGGAGACUGUCUCCCCAAAAUGAAAUCCCAGCCCGAAGGAUGAAACCCCUCCGGCAGAGCACACUCAACCACGACAGCUUGGAGCAGAGUCCCAGCAAAAUGACCUAUUCUCACGUGGCCACCUGGGCUGAUAAGUACCUGGACAGCGGAGUCUCCCUGCCGAUGGACACAGCUGAGAGUGCAGGCAGCGAUUAUGACAGCGACGACAGCAGGAGCUCGACGGAAACUGUGCACCACAGUUACUCGUAUGUCCCGUCUGAUGUGGAGAUAUCGGAAGUGAAAUCUGAAGCUGCAGCAUCAGUGACUCCUAGCAGGGCGAGCUCCAUCACAUCAUCCCUACGAAGACGUUUGUCUGCGUUUUCCACGAAGCCUUUAGAAGCAGACAUAGUGGAAACUGAGGAACCUGCUCCGAUGUACCGUCUGGUUUUAGCUGGAGACGCGGGAGCUGGAAAGUCCAGCUUCCUGCUGAGACUGACGCUCAACGAGUUCAGAGGAGACAUUCAGACAACGCUGGGGGUCGACUUCCAAAUGAAGAGGAUGCUAGUGGAUGGAGAGAAGACGAGCCUCCAGAUAUGGGACACAGCUGGGCAGGAGAGGUUUCGUAGUAUUGCCAGGUCCUAUUUCCGUAAAGCUCAUGGAGUCCUGCUCCUCUACGAUGUUACCUCAGAAAGCAGCUUCCUUAACGUCAGGGCGUGGGUGGAUCAGAUUCAGGAUUCAGCGGAGGAGAAAAUCCCCAUGUGUGUUAUUGGAAACAAGGUGGACCUCCGAGAGCAGCUUCCAGAGAGAAGCUGUGUGAGCAGUUUGCACGGAGAGAAGCUGGCCAAGGCAUACGGCGCCCUGUUCUGCGAAACGAGCGCCAAAGAGGGAACCAACAUCGUCGAGGCUGUGCUUCAUCUAGCCAGAGAAGUAAAGAAAAACGUCAAACUGAGGCGGCAGUCGGAUUCUCAGGUCAGACUGAGUCCAUCCAACCCGAAGAAGGCCUGCUGUGGAUUGUAGAUGACUGAUGUGAGUAGACGCAACGGCGAAAUGAAGAAGACCAAAUCAUUUUUAUUUUGGGAUGAAGAGCAUAAUUUUUCCUGCAAGAAAAUGUUCUUACAUGUUUUAACUUCUGAAAUAUUUUAACUCUCAAGCCUUAAAUAUAUUUUCAUAGUUGAUCAAAAUGAAGAUUUCUAUUAAUGGGAAACAUGCACAGUAUAUUUGCACAUAAUGUAAUCAUGCUUAUACCUCUUAGGAUUUAUAUUUGUAAUUUUAUGAAGUAAAUAAAUAAGGAACAUUGAUGCCCCAAUUGGGAUUCACAGGUAUAAGAUGCAGGAAUUUUCAUUACGGUUUGUAAGCAAACAGUUUUCAGCACAUUUUUGUAGCUUCCUCUUGGACGCGUGCUGCUUAUGGUCGGACACCUGGACACCUUUUUAUAAAGUCCCAAACUCACCUGGGUGCUGUUAUUGAUCCACUGGCUAAAUGGGAAGUAGUCAGACACAUCAAAAUAAGAAGAAAAAAUACAGGCAGAAGGCAGGAUCUCUGCAGAUAAAUACACUGUCACACACUUGGUUAUAAGUGAUGAUUGGGAGGGAUUACUUUUGUAUGAGUCUAUACAAGCCUUUUUAAAUUAAUGCACUUUUUUCCAUUUCAGACCAAACUGGUCUGUGACAGAGGUGCUUGGUUCUUGAAAGAAAUUCAAGAGAAAAAUACAUCUUUCAACAUUUUUAUUAAGCAUCACAUCGCAAGCAUUGCUUAUGUAGGCAAUAUUACAUUUCAACACCUUCAGUUUAUUGGAGCACUGAUCAAAUAUUUCUCAGAAUUGUGACGUUGAAAGCGUUAUUCAUUUACUAACAUUACUUUUUGUAGUUAGCCAAAAGUUCCAGCCACGUUUUUUUGCUGCUGCUGUUGUUGUUGUUGUUGUAUGUGUGAUACCAGAAUAUUUUCCAGGACCUAUUUUUUAUGACAAACAGAAAUGUAAUCCCUUUUCCAAAUAAAACACGUAACUGGAAAGAAACUUCUGUCUUAUCCAUCA